AGCUGAGUGUACAGACGGCGAGCUUUGCUAAGAGUGCGGCGAUGCUGGGCAGUGCGGAGGAGCACACGUGUCUGUCGCGCGCGCUCUCACAGCUAGCAGAGGUUGAGGAGAAGAUAGAGCAGCUACACGACAAGCAGGGAGAUGCAGACUUCUUCCUGUUUGCUGAGCUACUGAAGGAUUACGUGAACCUCGUAGGAGCUGUCAAGGAGGUGUUCCACCAGCGAGUGAAGGUGUUCCAGAACUGGGAGGCAGCGCAGCUGACGCUCAACAAGAAACGCGAGAUGGAAGCGAAGAUGCAGCUGGGAGGCAAGACGGAGAAGCUCGACCAGGUCAAGGCCGACAUCGCUGAGUGGGAAACGAAUGUACAGAAGAGUCAUCAGGAGUUUGAGACUAUAUCUAAGACUAUUAAGAAAGAGGUGGAGAGAUUUGAGCAGCAGAGAGUAAGUGACUUCAAAUCCACAAUAAUCAAAUACCUGGAGUCACUCAUGGAUGAUCAACAGCAGUUGAUCAAAUACUGGGAGGCAUUUCUUCCUGAAGCAAAGGCGAUAGCAUAAACUCUGCCCCACAUCUGUGGUGCCGGCUGGAUAACAUUGAUGAUCUGUUCGUAGAUGGUUGCGGGCGAACGUCAAUUACCCGACUCAAAGAUAGAAAUCACUGAGCUGUCUGAGUUGAUCUCUCGCGUUUGUCUUCAGUGUGGAUGCGUGUCAAUUUUCUCACCUAAUCUUGGAUAUUUUGAUGUACACCGGUGUGUGUGUGUUCUGCUAUUUGUUUACCGCCAUCCUGAAUUAGGUUACAUGGUUGGCACAGUUUGUCAGUCUGUGUGCUUGACAUUGCGGGUCCGUGUGCUACGUAACGUGGCGGUGGGGAAUGCACAUUGAGAGAUAUAAAAUGAUCAUCCCGUAUCGUGUGAUAAAUUCAUGUCAGCUUGGAGGAAAAUUUAUUUUCAAUCUGACACCUGUAAAAUAAUAAUGAAAGGCAUUAUUCCCUAUAUUGUACAAGGGUAUGUGUUUUUGUCAAUUCAACUUAACUAGACUAAUAUACAAAGGCAUUCAUAAUUGGUUUAAUUUACUGUCUCCAACUAAUCUCCCUGUUCUCUAAUCUACUUGUUAUAAAACCUGACCGAUCACAAAAUGUA